UGUGGCAAAACAUUUUCUCUAAAAAGCAGCCUUUCAACACACCAGCUCAUCCACACAGGAGAGAAAGCACACAGCUGUGAAGUGUGUGGCAAAACCUUUUCUCUAAAAAGCAGCCUUUCAACACACCAGCGCAUACACACAGGAGAGAAACCACACAGCUGUGAAGUGUGUGGGAAAACAUUUUCUCAGAAAGGCAGCCUUUCAAACCACCAGCGCAUACACACAGGAGAGAAACCACACAGCUGUGAAGUGUGUGGGAAAACAUUUUCUCAGAAAAGCAUACUUUCAAACCACCAGCUCAUCCACACAGGAGAGAAACCACACAGCUGUGAAGUGUGUGGGAAAACAUUUUCUCGAAAAGGCAGCCUUUCAGUACACCAGAGCAUCCACACUCGAGAGAAACCACACAUAAGUGACCAAUGUGGGAAAGACUUCUCUCGACCAAGUGAACUUCAGUCCCAUUAUCGUAGUCACACUGUAGAGAAAUUACACAGCUGUGACCAAUGUGGGAAAGAUUUCACUACAUCAGGUAAUCUUCAGAGGCAUUAUCGUACUCACACUGGAGAGAAACCACACAGCUGUGACCAGUGUGGGAAAACAUUUUCUCAAAAAGUUACCCUUGAAUACCACCAGCGCAUUCACACAGUAGAGAAACCAUACAACUGUGAAGAGUGUGGGGAAACCUUUUUUCAAGGUGGUAAUCUUAGAUCCCACCAGCGCACUCACUCUGCCUCCAUCUGAUCCUUUUCUGAGUCAAGCUAGCAUUCCCCCUGAUUUUCUCCAAAUGUAAAGCUGACCAAUAGUGACUUUACGCUCUAAUAAACAUUUUUUUUAUGGACUACAUUCAGACUUCCCCAAAACCCGGCUGCCCUCACUAACUUAGUUCUACAUGUGAGUGCUCUGGUUAAUAAAAGUGUUUUUUGAUUUAUAUAAAGCAAAUGUAUACUGUUGCGGCGAUCCUGAACGCAACAAUGAUCUGUCUACCAGCAGCCUGUGAAUGAAACGUUUAGGGAACACCUGUAAAUAGAAGCAUCUCUUGAUCUUUGGUCUGUAUAUAUUAUACUUCCUAAUCAAUUGAUGCUCACUGAAAUUGCAUCUGCACACAUGACAGAUAAUUGAUUAGGGUGUGUGAUGUUCACUGAAUAGUUUUUAUUCUACGUUUAUGUUCAAUUGAAAUGUUUGAGUUGCCUUUUUGGUACUUUUUUAUUUAUUACUUCAAGUGAUGUUCAAAACACUAAGACACGUUUGGUAUGAGAAGUGAUAAAAAUACAUUUGUGACGUUCUUGUUUUGUUUGAACAAACAUUGUUCUAGUGAAACUCUGCUAUAAUAUUAUCUCAUGUUCAAUUUUUGACUUCAUUGUGACGGCCGUUAGUUUUCUGUGUUCUCAGUAAAUGUGAUUCUUGCUGCUGUAAUAAUCUGAGCUGUAAACUUAAAACUUGCUUUCUAGUUU